AUUUCACCCGAAGGAACACUUACAAUAAUCAAUCUGGAACGUGAGGACACUGGAACCUACAAGUGUACAGCCAGCAACUAUAUUGGCAUCAUCACUGCUGUGGCUCAAGUGAGAGUCAAUGUUCUUCCGACGUUCGUGACAACGCCAGAAAAUCUGACAACGAAAAGUGAAGUUUGGCAAGACUGCGGUGCGUAGCAGAGGGUUCUCCAGCUCCUGUCAUCACGUGUUCAAGGAUGGCAACACUGUAACUCCAGCGACACGUUCUCAAUAC